AUGAAAGAAAAUAAUACUCAUUUUGUUAAUACAUUGAAUAAUAAACAUGAUAAUAAUCCUUCAUCAAUUGAUAAAUUAAAUGAUUCUUUAAUACGUAUUGAAAUAAAUGAAUUUAUUCAUCAAGUAAAUUAUUGGUUAAUGAUUGUUGAAUUCUUUAUGGUUUUAUUUGGAGUAUUAGGAAAUGGUUUUGCACUUAUUGUUAUUAAUCGUCGUUCAUUACGUAAUACAUCAUCAAGUGUAUUUAUAACAUAUUUAGCUAUAUUUGAUUCAUCAGUUCUUAUUGUUCAAUUAACUGGUUUAAUAACAUUACAUUCAAUAAAAUCAUACAUUUUACAUUGUUUUUUUACGUAUUUCACGGACUUCGUUACAUUUUCUAGUGUUUGGAUUAUGGUUAUUAUGACAAUAGAACGUUGUAUUGCUGUUCAUUCACCAUUUUUAGCCAAACGUUAUUGUACAAUAAAACAUGCACGUCAUGCAAUGUAUCUACUUAUAUUAACUGCAUUUGCUUUCUUUACUUUAACAUUUCCAUUGAUAUAUAUAAUAAAUAGAGAACAAGAAAAAUGUAGUGUUCGUAAGCAAUAUCAAAUAUUAUUACGAAUUAUAAAACCAACAAUAUUCUAUUUUAUACCUGAUCUUAUAUUAUUAGUUAAUUUAUUUAUUAUUUAUGAAUUAUUUAUGGCUAGACGACAACGAACACAAACAUUAACUAAUUCAGAAAAUUCUAUCAAUCAAAUAAAUGCAGCUACAUUCAAUAGACAACAACAACAAUUAACUAUAAUGCUUGUUACAGUUUCAUUAAGUUUUUAUUUAUUUACAACACCAGCUAUUGUUGAUUAUAUAUUGCAGAGAAAGCCACCAAACUAUCGAGAUGUUAAACGCCUUAAACUGCGUUUUUUAAGAAGUAAUUUAACUGUUAUUUGGCUCCAAAUGAGUUCAGCAACUAAUUUUUUAUUUUAUUGUUUGGCUGGUUCAAAAUUUCGUACAGCUUGUUUACAAACAUUCACUGAUAUUUAUGACUAUAUACGAGCAAAAUUUGAUAAUAAUUAUCAACGAUCACGAAGUUGUAGUAAUUCUCAAACGAUGUCAACAUUUGGUAUGGAAAUGCGUAAUGAAAUUCAAUAUGAUCAUCGAGAUAAACUUCGAUCUAAUUCUAUACAACAAACUUAUCAAUUACAUAAUUCAUCAAAACGAACAAGUAAUGGUACAAUUUCAAGUUCUCAUUUCAAUAGCAGACGAGCAUCAAAAUGUGUAUAG